AUGCUUGAUAAGAUAAUAGAGAAAUUCGCUUUUUGGUCCAACAAGUAUAGGAACGAAUGCGCUUCAAUGCCAAGUACAAAGGUCGUUGUGCCUUUUGUGGAGAAUGUUCUUCACGAAAGAUGUCCAAUAGCUAAGCGUUUAACGGUCAGGGAGGUAAAUGGUCAGGAAUUUCUGUUCGACGUAUUUGGUUCAGAUGGUGUGGUAUAUCUUGUGGAUUUGGCGAGCAAAACUUGCGUGUGUAGAAUGUUUGACAUUGACAAGUACCCGUGUGUCCAUGCAAUUGCCGCACUCAUGGCAAAGAUAAAGAAGGAUGGAAGAAUGUCGACUCUUUCUGUAUAUGAUUUGUGCUCCAGAUACUAUUUGGUUGAGACAUGGGCACGAGCAUAUGUGAAAACGAUCUAUACAGUGCCCCAUAUCUCAACUUGGGCAAUCCCGGAGGAUGUUCUGAAAUUGUUCGCUUAUCCUCCUGAUUACACAGCAAAAAGAGGAAGAAACCAAGAAGAACGACAUCCAUCAGAAGGAGAAAGUCGUAAAAAGAAGAAGAAGAAAACGAGUAACAAGUUCAUGUUGUCUGCAGUGUGUUACUUGAAGUUGUACUGA